AUGGGAUCUCUCGGCGGCCUCUCCCCUGGCGGGAGCAUCGCUGUCGGCAUCAUUGUUGGGUUGAUGUCCACGAGCGUCCAAAGCCUUGGACUUACCUUGCAACGAAAAUCGCACAUCCUAGAAGACGAGAAAGGCCCUCUCGAUGUACGACGGCCACCGCAUAGAAGAAGGAGGUGGCAAUUGGGCAUGGGCAUGUUCAUCAUGGCAAACCUGCUGGGAAGCACGGUACAGAUAUCGACGCUGCCCUUGCCGGUGCUCUCGACACUGCAAGCAUCGGGCCUUGUGUUCAACUCGAUUUGCGCGACGCUCAUCCUCGGCGAGCCCUUCACGAGGUGGUCACUAUGGGGAACAUUGCUUGUGUGCGGUGGCGCGGUCUUGAUUGCGAUAUUCGGGGCCAUACCAUCGCCAGCGCAUAGCCUCAAAGAGCUUCUCGCCCUCCUUGGCAGGAAGCCUUUCAUUGUCUGGAUGUCGCUCCAGGCGGUCCUCGUGAUAGCCAUCGCGGUCGCGGUCGACCUUACGAAUGCGCUCUCCAGUCUCUCGCAGAGUUCCCGGUUCCGUUUCGCGCGAGGCCUCGCUUUCGGUUGCAUAAGCGGCAUCCUGUCAGCGCAUAGUUUGCUUGUUGCCAAGUCCGCGGUCGAGUUGAUUGUGCGGACGAUAGCAGACGGCAACAACCAAUUCAACCGCUGGGAGUCUUGGGUCCUGGUGCUGGCCCUCGUCGUCCUCGCCCUGAGUCAGCUGUAUUAUCUCCAUCGUGGCCUCAAACUCGUUUCAACAUCCGUUCUAUACCCCCUUGUUUUCUGCAUUUAUAACAUCAUCGCGAUCCUUGACGGGCUCAUAUACUUCAACCAGACGAACCUCAUCAGCCCUCUUCACGCCUGUCUGAUAUCUCUAGGCACCGUGAUACUUCUCUCCGGCGUUCUGGCCCUCUCUUGGCGUCUUAGCGACGAACAGCAUCAACCGGCUGUGGGCCAGUCAACGCUUGCCCCCGGGUUGGGCAUGGUGGAGGAUACUGAAGGCGAAGAAGAAGAGGAGGAUCUUCUUCUCGGGUCAGACAUCGCAGAUGAUGAGGAAGGCGCCGCUCUCGCACGGCCAUACGCUUAUCAGACAUUCGAGUCGGGAAGCUCCCGUCCCAACAUCAACGGCGAAUCAGCCACGCCGUUGACGCCGACACGGCGAGUCUCGCUGGUGCCUUCGCUGAGAACGACUACCUCGCGGUGGACGGAACGUGCGGAGAUCUGGGACGAGUUAGAAGAUCAGGAGAACCCGAAAUCUCCCCUGCCGGGCUUGGGGAGGCGCCGCAGUAGCACGCUUCCAGUCCUGGGCGAAUCCUCGACUCUGCUGCCCACCCCGCGGAGAGGAGCAAGUGGCGGCAGCCCUUUCGGGCUUGGGGCGGGAGAUGAUGCGGCCAUGGCUAGUGAGUCGCAAUUGUCGCCCCACAGGCCUCACGGGCGUAGGAGGCGGAAGUCCACGGGCUUCAAGGGCUUUCAGGCUCGAAGGUCUUCCAGGAGGAAGAGCUCGAGCGGUCUACAGGACGCCGUGGCGGGGCUGUGGAGGUUGAGGUGGUGGAAUAAAGACAGAAAGGAGAGGGCGCGGGAUACCACAGUGGAAAGCCCUUUGGUGGAAGAUCGGAAUCGCUGGGCAGAAUACAGAGAUGAUCCGGGGAAUGACGGCAACACUGGCUCAGAUCCGGCUUUGUCCAGAUCUAGAGGUUGA